CUCGAGAUGAAGGUCUUCGCGCCAAGCAGCGCGCGAGCAUCCGAGGGGCGCUGGCCGACGCCGGUCUCGGAGAGGCCUGAUGCUCUCGGCGUGCUACAAGACCCGGCGCCAAGACUCAGAAGACUACGUCGACGUGGAGAGGGUGGAGUACGCCUCAACAACAGGCCGCGCCGUUGCGCCCAUGGCGGUGCCCCUGGCCGGGCACGCGGGCCGGGCCGGGGCGCCGCAGGCUGCGCGGGCCGGCCAGCCCCCCAGCCGGGCCGGGCCGUUCGCCUGCUGCACGGUGCCCAAAGCUUGCAGGGAACAAUCGCUCGACGGGACCAUCAACCUGGACCCGGUCGCCCCGACACAGUACCCGGCGUCGGGGCCAGCCCCCGCGGCGGCCCAGCCGUCCAAGCCGCCGAGGGGCAACUCCGUCGACAAAGCCCCGAGUGGCUAUCGUGCGCUACCAGAUAGUGAUAGCGAGGACGACGCAACGAAGUUUAUCAACAGCUUACGUCGCGACGUGUCUGGCGUCAAUGACGAUAUCCGUGGGCUCAAGAACUAUUUGAUCGCCUUGCUGGCACUGAUAGGCUUGCUCGGGGUCUGUCUGCUCUACGUCGCGUACGGGGAGCUGAGCCUGGAGAUGCAGGGCAAGGCCAGACAUUGGACACUGCUCGCCUCCAUCCCCUCGGUGGCAUGCGUGGUCACUUGGCUACACAUCUGGAUGGCGAUCAGAAUGAUGUUCUUGCCGCUGAGGUUCCUCGGCCUCUGGCAGUACGGAGACACCGGCUUAGGCGUCGGCUGGCAGGGCGUUGUUCCCCGGAAGGCGCACAAGAUGGCGAAAACAUCGUACAAGCAGGCGAGGCCAUAUUUGGAUGGUCCCCGCGACUGGCUGAAGAGGGUUGAUCCGAAGAAGCUCGUGUCCAAGAUCAGGCCGCAGCUGAAGCAGGUCAUGGAGGAUGCCCUGCACCGGGCGGGCACCCGGCACUUCCACAGGACGGGCCAGCGGGCGCUGUUCGAGGGCACGCGCGUGACGCUGUCCGAGGCCGCAUUUGUCAAGGUCCACGAGAACUGCGGUGACUUGUGGGAGCAGUUCACGGACUUACUAUGUGAUCCAGAUAUUGGUAUUGACAACGACGGUAUGAUCGUCAAGGUCUUCACAGAAAACAAGGAGACGUUGAACCGGUUCUUUCUGACGUUGGGCGAGCAAGAAUUCAAGUUUAUCGAGUCGUUCGGCGCCUUGCUGGGGUUCCUCUGCGGCCUGCUGCAGCUGUUCUUUUACAACCGGAUGGACGAGCGGGGGCGCGCCAUCUUGCUGCCGGCCACCGGCUUCUUCCUAGGGAUUGCUACGAAUUGGAUCGCGAUUAUGAUGGUCUUCAAGCCGUGCUUUCCCCAUCCCGUGAAGGUCUGCGGCUGGCAUUUGUUCACCAUUCAAGGGCUGUUCCUGAAGCGGCAGCCGGAAGUCUGCAAAUUGUAUGCGAAGAUGCUCUGCGAGCACUUCCUGUCUUUUGAUAAGGUAGUCGAAUAUCUUGGAACCAUGGACGAGCUCUGGGGAAAGCUCAAGGUGAGCCGCCUAACCCGCUUGACCUUCGGCUCGAUCAGGACGCGACUGUGACAGUAAAGCGCGAAUUCCUUUCUAAGAGGCCCGCGGCAUCUACGAGCCCCCGCUGGUCGCAUGAUCGCGAACCGUCGUCCGCAGUUGUUGUUGGCAAUGUGCCGUGGUCGCCGGCAGUUGUCGAAAGAUCCGAUGGGGGCCAAGACGUAUAGUCAUUUUCUGGGAUGUCUUGGCGUGGUUCUGCAAUUAUGAUGGCCACUGCAGGCAGGCUGUGCCUACGAGGACUUGUCGCUAACAUUUGACAGCGUUUUGAGUCCCCAGAUAUGUUUAUUGACAGUUCGGUCGAACGAUUGGCUUGUCAUCACCGCCAUCGUGGUCCGCGUUGGGUUUGCACAGAUCGCUUGGCCAGAUAUUGGGACACGUGCCGUGUUAUUCAAGGUUUUGCCUAAGUCAUUGGGUUAAUGUGGUUUAUGGCGGUCGUUGCUGUAGGCUAGAGUUGUAUUGAUGGUAACCAAUGUGUGGUACAUUGUCGCUCUCACGUUUCUUAGCCUCGCGAGUUUAGUAGCUUCUCUUGCUGGUCAUGGUCAUGCUGACGCGUUUGUUAUCAGCUUGAUCCUCUUGUCUAAAUCCGCUGCCUUGCCCUGCCUUUCCCCACGCACUUCCUCCAGCACUGUGUUCGGACCCCCCUCUCAGGCGGGAUACGUCGAGUUCAGUGCUCGUACUAUGCACCAGACUCUUGGGUCUACGGGCUCUUGGCUCGCCUCGGGCGCUUUAGGCAAAGCCAAGUUCGAGGAGUUUGAGGAGGAUAUCGGGUAGAACAAAUGGGGUGGGGCAGGGCUGAGAGAUGGAAUUCCUACAUAGUCAGAUGCGUUACCCCGUCUCGCAGGCAGACAGGAGGGGGGAAGAGAAGAGGAACCUGUGGUGGAAUGUCAUGGAUGAACUUGAGGUCGGGGUGGGUGUAGUUGUUUCGAACCUCCUGGCUGGGGCGACCUAAAAAUCGCCUUCAGAUGGUUAGUAUCGGAUAUAGCAGGGACGGGUACUUUAGCUGCAAACUCAUGUUUGGAUGGCACUUACUUCUGAGGGCGAGCUAAUCGCGGGUGAUGGUCCCGUGCGUUGGCUGCGCGAGACAUCCUCUUUUGAUGGAGAAGCCAAACAGGGGUUGAUUUAUCUCUUCUUCCUCCUCCGCCUCCUCUUUUUCUUGGCUGCUCGCCGCCGCCAUGAUUGUGGCGGCGCCGCGUGCCUGGCCCAGGGCGAUGCGUGCCGCGACAGGGGACGCCUCGGUGCCGCUGCAGCGGCCUGGCUGCGCUGAGGCGGCACGAAGGGGCGCCGCCAGCUCUGCGACGGGCGCGUCGCCUGCAGUUGCGCCCAGCCUGGCGCGCACCCGGGCCUUUGCUGCGGGGAGGCUAUGUGGCCCCGCGGGCUCUCAGUUGCGCACGAGGCCGUCGUCCGACUCGCCGUCGCUGACAUCGAGGUCGGGGAUGUGGAAGGAGGCAGGUCCUGAGUGGCCUCGAGUGCGUUCCACUACCUGCAAAGUCCCUAUUCGCAAACGU